CUUCUCGGCGCAUGCGCGGCGCGGCAAUGCGGGUAGUGGUGGGUGGUGGGACAGGCUUCGUGGGCAGAGCCCUGACCCAGCUGCUGCGGAGCCGAGGGCACGAAGUGACCCAUGUGUCUCGAAGAGGGGGCAAGGAUCGGAUCAGCUGGGAGGAGCUGUCCCGCUCCGGGCUGCCCCUGUGUGAUGCUGUGGUCAACUUGGCUGGUGAAAAUGUCCUCAACCCUUUCCGCAGGUGGAGUGAUGCCUUCUGCAGGGAGGUCGUCAGCAGCCGGGUGGAGACCACCAAGGCCUUGGCCAAAGCCAUUGCUGCUGCUGAGCAGCCACCCCGAGCCUGGGUCCUCGUCACUGGCGUAGGUUAUUACCGCCCCAGCCCCACAGCUGAGUACACUGAAGACAGUCCAGGAGGGGAUUUUGACUUCUUCUCACGCCUGGUGAGCUCGUGGGAGGCUGCAGCUCUCAUCCCUGGGAGCCCAGCUCGUGGUGUUGUGGUGAGAUCAGGCGUGGUGCUGGGUCGAGGUGGCGGUGCGAUCUCUCAGAUGCUCUUGCCUUUCCGUCUGGGGCUUGGAGGCCCCAUGGGCUCUGGACUGCAGCCCUUCCCGUGGAUCCACAUUCAGGACCUGGCUGGGAUUGUGUGUCAUGCCCUGGAGAAGGAGUCUGUGCAGGGCAUCCUCAACGGCGUGGCCCCAUCCUCCCCUGGCACCUCGAAUGGCAGCUUUGCCCAGGAGCUGGCGGCGGCGCUGGGGCGGCCGGCGCUGCUGCCGGUGCCCGCCUGGGCCGUGCGGGCUGUCUUUGGGCCAGAGCGGGCGCUCAUGCUGCUGGAGGGACAGAGGGUGCUGCCCAAACGCACCCUGGAGAGCGGCUACCGCUUCAUCUUCCCUGAGCUGCCUGCAGCUCUGAAGGACAUCGUGGCUUAAGGCCUCCCCAGCUGGGUGGGCACUGUUUGUGUGAGCUCAUGCCUUCCCAUCAAAGAGGGGAGCCCUGCCCCUUGCCACUUCCCCAUCCACGUACAGAAGGGGUAAGCAGUCCUUUCCACCCCUAUAUCUCACUGUGUGCAUCCCUAGUUUAGGAAUCAUCCCUCUUCCUGCCACCUGAAUCUUAUCAUCACCUGCAUUUGGGGAAGGGCACAAGCCCCUCAAAGGAUUGUGACUGUGGAGUUGCCCAUCUCCCCUUUUGCAUGGUGUGUGUGUGAACUGCUGGCAAAGCAGCUGGGGGUGUCAUGUCUUCUCCCCUGAGAGGUGUGGCAGGAGGAAGCAGGUACUAGUGCUGUUGGAAUUCCUCCAUGGUACUGGAAAUUGCCCUUCCUGUUCUUCUCCAUGAUGACAGGCAAAGCAGAAGAGCUAAAGUCUCUUUCUUGGUCUUGGUGGUUGUGGGAGAGGAUCUAUCUUAGGGUGCUGAAUACAGAUUGUUUGGAGACUGUCCUCUCUUUUCUUGUGACUGGCACCAAGUCAAUGUGUCAGUACUUUCAGCUGAGUAAUCCAAAGAGUUACACCCUUCCUGGGUUCCAUACCCCUUGUGCUGUGGCAGGGAUGAGGAGAGCCCUGCUUUGCCAGCCCGUGGAGGAGAGGGUGACAAUCAGGCUGUGGCCCCUGGACUGCUUUGCCUUGGUUGAGUGCCUGUCUAAGCUUGAGCUCAGGAAAGCUGGGUGGUACCUCACUGUGUGAGGCAGUGCUUUAGUCAGGCUUUAGUCCAAAGGAGCAUUUCAGCUAUUGCCUUCCUUGUGCUUACCUCAGACCAGGGUGGUUUUCCUUUAUUGAUCCCAUGAGGUGGUGCUUGUGUUCAGGGUGUUACUCCUGACUGGGCACUGAGGAUAUCCAAGCUGCCUGGUCUGCCUUGGGAAGCAGUACCUUUUCCCUUCUAAAGCAAAUGGCAAUUUCAUCUGCAGUGGCAGAAAAUGUAUCCAUGUGCUUCCCUUCACCCACUUCCAUAUCCCAAAGGGGGUUGCAGGGUGUGAAGUCCACAGAGCAGUGAAGUUUAUUAUAGCAGUACUUUGGGAGAAAUACUCCUAGUGUGACGUGAGGCUAGAAAAUUCUAUUAAAAGUUACUUCAGGCAGAUAAAGACCUACUUUUUGCCAUCCAGAACAACAGCAGUCCACGUAUUUCUGGUUUAUGUCAUGCUGUAGUCAGAGCAGCUGAAGGAUCAGUCUUGGUGAACUCUAAAUGCCUCACUCUCCUGUCUCUUUGCUCAGUACAUACUGGAGACAUCUGGGUGACAUCUGUGACCAGGCUGAUCCUGGAGUUUGGGUCUCCUUCUGGCAGAGCUGAGUGAUCUACACUGCUGCCUUGCUUUGGGGUCAGCUCUGGGCUGACUGCUAAGUUGCAACACAGUAUUGAAGACAGCAAGGCUUAAUUCAGAGUUUUCUGUAGCAGUCGUAGUUCUGCACCAUUUGUAUUGUUGGUCUGCUCUACCCAUUAUUUCACAAAUUGUAAGACACUGAUUCCCUAAUUAAAGUUGGUAUUUCCCUUCCUUGUACCCCUUAA